GUCCCACAGGCGGACCCGUAGCUCUACCCCGGUGUGAAACAUGGCGAGCCCGAGCAGUGGCGUGGUGCUGGACAGUGAUAUGAUGAGAUACGCAGAGUACACACCGAAACCCAGCGCGCGCAGCGAGACAGACAUCGACAAGCGCUUCGGUGGGACACUCAUUGCAGUGGGGCUUGGUGUGGCGGCAGCAGGAUUUGCAGGCCGAUAUGCGUUUCACUUAUGGAAACCUCUUGGACAGGCUAUUACAGAAACUGCCAAAAAGUUUCCCUCUACGGCGUUCUCAGCAUAUUACAAAGGUGGAUUUGAGCAGAAGAUGACGAAACGAGAAGCUAGUCUCAUCCUAGGAAUCAGCCCAACCAGCACCAAGGCCAAGGUGCGAGAAGCCCACAGGAGGAUCAUGGUUCUAAAUCAUCCAGACAAAGGUGGAUCUCCAUAUUUGGCAGCGAAGAUCAAUGAAGCAAAAGAUCUGCUCGAGUCUGGCCUUCGGCAUUAACCUGACUGUCUUUGCUCUUCAAAGCUCCAUCCUCUCAGCUGUUUCCUGUUCGCUCUUAUCCUCUGUCUCUCUCUUUCUCUCUCUCUCACACACACUCACACACAUCCCUCCCCCCCUUCUGUACAUGAGCUCUCACUGACCAGCUUCCUCCUCUUCAUGCUGCCCUGCACUGACCCAGCCAGCUCACAGGCUCUGCAUCGCUGGCCUUUCAGCCAUGGACUGCUACCUCCAUCGAUGUGGAUCAUCAGACGUCAAGAGCAGAUCUUUCACGUUGAAGGACCUUUAUAUGUGAUAUAGUAAAUACGAUGUGAAUAUAAAGUUAUAUUGAAGGUAUGGUACUGUAUUUAAAUGGAACAUCCAGUGUUCGUUUUAUUUUUUAGAGUGCUGUAAAGGUGUGCUCUGUCUGUUGCAUUAUGGUGGUAAUUUAGCCAACUCUCUGCAGAUAUGUACGGGUGUGAAAGUGCUUUGAGUAAUCCAGAUGGAACAGCGUGUCAGAACACUCAUUAACUUAUUUAUGGAAUAAACUGUGUGUAUAAAAAAAGUAAAUGCCUCAUUGUUUUAUUGCUGUCAUGCUUUUUCCAUUGCCCAUGAUUUGUGAUGUAACAUUUUGAGACAUGGUGAUCACUAAGUUUCCUUAUGUCUUACUUUUGGAAUUGUGUUUAAAGAGGAUUUCUACAUUAAAAAAAAAAGC